AUGGCCGGGGUCAUCAGAGCCUCGUCGGGUGAGCGUCGGAGCCUCAUCACCCCCCCUCCCCUCCCCACCUGCAUCCCGACUCCAUCAGCAGCAGCACUAUCAUCAUCAGCACCAUAAUCAGCAGCAGCACCACCAUCAUCAGCAGCACCACCAUCAUCAGCAGCACCAUCAUCAGCACCAUCAGCACCAUCAUCAGCACCAUCAUCACCGUCAGCAUCACCAUCAUCAUCACCAUCAUCAUCAGCACCAUCAUCAGCACCAUCAUCAUCAUCAGCACCAUCAUCAUCAUCAGCACCAUCAGCAGCAGCAGCACCAUCAUCAUCACCAUCAUCAUCACCAUCAUCAGCACCAUCAUCAGCACCAUCAUCACCGUCAGCAUCACCAUCAUCAUCACCAUCAUCAUCAGCACCAUCAUCAGCACCAUCAGCACCAUCAUCAGCACCAUCAUCAGCACCAUCAUCAGCAGCAGCACCAUCAUCAUCACCAUCAUCAUCACCAUCAUCAGCACCAUCAUCAGCACCAUCAUCAGCACCAUCAUCAGCAGCAGCAGCACCAUCAUCAUCACCAUCAUCAUCAGCACCAUCAUCAGCACCAUCAUCAGCACCAUCAGCACCAUCAUCAGCACCAUCAUCAGCAGCAGCAGCACCAUCAUCAUCACCAUCAUCAUCACCAUCAUCAGCACCAUCAUCAGCAGCAGCAGCACCAUCAUCAUCACCAUCAUCAUCAGCACCAUCAUCAGCACCAUCAUCAGCACCAUCAGCACCAUCAUCAGCACCAUCAUCAGCACCAUCAUCAGCAGCAGCAGCACCAUCAUCAUCAUCACCAUCAUCAGCACCAUCAUCAGCACCAUCAUCAGCACCAUCAUCAGCACCAUCAUCACCGUCAGCAUCACCAUCAUCAUCACCAUCAUCACCGUCAGCAUCACCAUCAUCAUCACCAUCAUCAUCAGCACCAUCAUCAUCACCAUCAUCAUCAGCACCAUCAUCAGCACCAUCAUCAGCACCAUCAUCAGCACCAUCAUCAGCACCAUCAUCAGCAGCAGCAGCACCAUCAUCAUCACCAUCAUCAUCACCAUCAUCAGCACCAUCAUCAGCAGCAGCAGCACCAUCAUCAUCACCAUCAUCAUCAGCACCAUCAUCAGCACCAUCAGCACCAUCAUCAGCACCAUCAUCAGCACCAUCAUCAGCAGCAGCAGCAGCACCAUCAUCAUCAUCACCAUCAUCAGCACCAUCAUCAGCACCAUCAUCAGCACCAUCAUCAGCACCAUCAUCACCGUCAGCAUCACCAUCAUCAUCACCAUCAUCAUCAGCACCAUCAUCAGCACCAUCAUCAGCACCAUCAUCAGCACCAUCAGCACCAUCAUCAGCACCAUCAUCAUCAGCACCAUCAUCCUCCUCGUUUAGCCCAUCUCGCUCUUCUCUC